AUGACCCUCAAUUACAUCUUUGAAAAUGGCAUGCGAAAGGUUUUACCCCACCACGUGUCUCGCGAGAUCAAUGUCAAAGGCCGCUGGCUUGGCAAAACAGUGGUUAGCAUCCUCGACAGCGAAUUAGCCCCCAAUACCCAAGCCUACACCCGCUCCCUCAUCGAUAAGGGAAAGAUCAGCCUCAUCCGGGGAAAUGUCAAGUCCCGGAAGCAACCAGUGCAAAGCGUCGUUUACACCGACUUCGAAUCCCUUUCCACCAUUCCCAUUGCCCAGGGGGACAUGUUCACGAACAUCUGCCAUCUCCAUGAACCUCCUAUUCCUCUCUCGCCGUCAGAAACGCUUUCGCUCGAUGUUGUAUUUGAGGAUGAGGAUCUUUUAAUCAUCAACAAACCGUCGGGAGUGCCUGUGCAUCCUACGGGUGGAUAUUUCUACAACACCGUGACGGAAAUUGUCAAACAACAGCUCGAAUUACACAACGUGUUUCCCGUACACCGCCUCGACAAGCUCACCUCUGGGGUACUCAUUCUCGGAAAGACCUCAGCACGGGCUACAGCCUUUUCAAAGCUUAUCCAAGAACACUCGGUGGAUAAAACGUAUUUUGCACGGGUCAGGGGGGAGUUCCUAGACUCCGAGGACUUUUUCGUCCACCAAAGUGCGAUCUUUACCACCAACAACAAGUACGGCUUCGACCGGGCGGCCCAGGAAGCGGAGACCCAUUUUAAACGCGUGACUUACAAUGCAAAGCUCGACCAAUCAGUGGUGAUGUGUAAGCCUAUUACCGGUCGCAUGCAUCAGAUCCGCAUCCAUUUGAAGGAAUUGGGGCAUCCGAUCGUGAACGACCCAAUUUACGGUGACGAGACGGUGGAAAACUACGGGGACAGGAGCAAGAGUAUGCAGAGCGGUAAGGAGUGCGAGGAGUGCGGUACAAAGUUGUACCUAGACGGGGACAGGGAUGAUAUGUGUCUCUGGUUGCACUCGUGGAGGUAUGUGCUCGUGGAGAAAAAGGCAGGGGAAAAGGAGCUGUGGGUUUUUGAAACCAAAGUGCCGGAAUGGGCAAAUAUCUAA